AUGUGUGCUAGGUUCAAGAAUAAGCGUAAACCCCAAUAUAUCGAACGGUCGUCACGCGUGGUGAAGAAGGAAAAAGUUGAUGAUGAGCUCGGCCAGCCUCAGAGCCUCAGCCUUCUCUUGAUCGUUCCGCCAUCGUUCGUCUGCACAAAGCCUGCCGUCCACCCGCCACGAUCUCCAAGCACCUCGGCAUCGACCUCGUACUGCUCGCACGCCGAAGGUCGUCGAGGCCGUCAGAAAGUGGAUAGCAAGAAACGCGACUCGGAGCAUCUCGACGAUGGCUCGCGACAUGGGAAUCUCGCCGAAGUCAAUGAGAAGGGUCGUCCACGAAGGCUUUAA